AUGGAUUCAAAUAGAUUCUCAUUCUCAGAACCAUUUCUAUCACAUAGAAGAAAAGUUUUUUCUGGUUUUAGCUUAUGUAUUGGAGCUUCUUUCCUUUUAUGUUCUCUUUUCUUUCUUAGUAAUUCCCUCAAGGUUCCUAAAAAUUCAGUCUUUCUUUCAGUUGACAACAGUUCUAACAUAAAUUCUUCAUUUGUUUCAUACCCCUUUUCUGUUAAUAGUACUAAUCACUCUUGUUUUCCUCAGAAUAAUGAUUAUGAGAACUCUCUUAAGAGAAUUGAUGAAGGAAGUGUUGUUGUAGGUAAUAGAAUUAGUGAAGUUAAUGUGUCAAGUGUUGGAGUAGGAACACAUAGUUUUAGUCCUAAUAAUGUGAGGAAUGUAUCACCGGCGGGGUCUAGCGCAAGUGGUUGGUGCACAGAGUGUGUCAGUGUUGUAAACUCUCGAAUACCGAGUUCGAUUCCUAAUGAUAAAAAAAAUGUGAGUAAUGUGAAUAACAAUGUGACUAAUGAUGUUUUAUACAAUGCAAAUACUAGUAGUAUUGAGGUAGGGAAUGAAGGAGAUUUGGUUAGGGAUAAAAAUGUAACUUUACUCACUCAUAGUGAUGACCAAAUGGAGAAAAUGAACGAUGGUUUAUAUGAAAAGUGUGAUAUCUUUGAUGGAAAGUGGGUAAGAGAUGAUUCAAAGCCAUAUUAUCCUUUAGGUUCUUGUCCCUUCAUUGAUAGAGAUUUUAAUUGUUACCUUAAUGGGAGGCUUGAUCUUGAAUAUGUUAAAUGGAAGUGGAAGCCAAAUAAAUGUGACAUUCCAAGUUUGAAUGCAACUGAUUUUCUGGAGAGGUUACGCGGGCAGAGGUUGGUUUUUGUCGGAGAUUCAUUGAAUAGGAACAUGUGGGAGUCCCUUGUUUGUAUCCUUCAACAAAGUGUCCGAAACAAGAAUCGAGUUUUCGAAAUUUCGGGGAAAAGAGAAUUUAAAAAGAAAGGUGUAUAUGCUUUUAGAUUCGAGGAUUAUAAUUGUUCGGUGGAUUUUGUUGCCUCGCCAUUCCUUGUUAGAGAAUCAACUUUCAAAGGCAAAAAUGGUUCAUUUGAGACAUUAAGAUUGGAUUUGAUGGAUCACACAACCACAAGGUAUCAGGAUGCGAAUAUUAUAGUCUUCAAUACCGGACAUUGGUGGACACACGAAAAAACGUCAAAAGGAGAAGAUUAUUAUCAAGAAGGAAACCAUGUGCAUCCAAGACUCAAAGCUUUGGAUGCUUAUAUGAGGGCUUUAACGACUUGGGCUAAAUGGGUUGACCGAAAAGUUAAUGCCAAUCAUACACAAGUUUUCUUCCGAGGGUACUCGGUUACUCAUUUCUGGGGUGGACAAUGGAAUUCAGGAGGACAGUGCCACAAAGAAACUGAGCCAAUAUACAAUGAAACUUACUUACAAAAGUAUCCUUCAAAAAUGCGUGCGCUAGAUCAUGUCAUCCAAAAUAUGAAAACCAAAGUGGUAUAUAUGAACAUAAGUAGACUUACAGACUAUAGAAAAGAUGGACAUCCUUCUGUGUACCGUAAAGAUUAUAAGACAUCGAUGAAGCAGAACUUGUCUUCUCUAUAUGAAGAUUGCAGCCAUUGGUGCUUGCCCGGUGUACCAGAUACUUGGAAUGAAUUGUUAUAUGUUUCGCUUUUAAAAUAUGGAAAGGGAGCUUGGAAAAUCUGAGCCUAUGUAGCACCGACAUUACUUACUGAAGGCGAGGUUGAUGUCCAACAAGACACCGACACAUUGGUUAAAUUCAAUUAUUCCAUCUUCUCAAAUUAUUACUGGUGUCGGCGUAUUCGUGUUUGUGUCAUGUCUGAUGUUCAUGUUUGUGUCGGUGCUGCAUAGAUCUGAGCUAAAUUCCUUUCGAACA